AAAAUGGACAUGAUUGAAAAUUUGAUGUUACUUUUGAUGGUUAUAUAUGUGGUUUUAUGUCCUUACACCAAAGUAGAAGAGAGCUUCAAUCUUCAGGCUAUACAUGAUAUCAUUUAUCACCAACAAAAUAUCUCUCAGUUCGAUACUGCUUGGGGCUCUAUGUUUUAUGGUCAUUCCGCAAGUUCCAAGAAGCUGUUCGCAAACGGUUUGGUUCUAACACCAAAUUCUGGCUGUAUUUGCUUACAAUGACCCAAUUCCAUUUUGUAUUCUAUAUGACUCGACCUCUCCCCAACAUAAUGGCCCUUGGACUCGUAUUAUUAGCUUUGCAAUCAUGGUUACAUGGAAGACACACAUCAUUUCUAUGGUUCACUGGAACUGCAAUUAUUAUAUUUCGCUCUGAUGUUACCAUGCUGCUUGGAAUUUACCUGCUCAUGGAUCUUGUCACACGUAGACUUAGUCUUAAAAAUGCUGUUGCUAUAAUUAUUUUUGCUGGUGGCAUUAUUUUAGGUGCAACUGUGUUGAUAGAUUCCUUCUUUUGGCAACGUUGGCUCUGGCCUGAAGCAGAAGUUUUCUGGUUCAAUACAAUUAAAAACAAAAGUUCUCAGUGGGGCACAUCUCCUUUUCUGUGGUAUUUCUACUCAGUAUUUCCGAGGUCACUUGGUUUAACAGUAUUCCUUGUUCCCCUUGGAUUAUACUUCUGUCCAUCUGUCAGAGCAUUGGUUAUUCCAGCCAUUGUCUAUGUUGUGCUCUUUUCAUUCUUGCCUCACAAAGAACUUCGAUUUAUUAUCUACGUAUUUCCGCUGCUGAAUUUGGCUGCUGCCGCUUUCAUCAACAAAAUAUGGAGGAACAGAAAAAAGUCAGUGAUGUAUCGUGUGUUUUCCGCAGGCAUUGUUCUUCAUUUAUUAGCCAAUGCUGUUUUUACCUGUGCCUUUCUAUACCUGUCACAUAAAAAUUAUCCAGGAGGUGAUGCCAUUGAUAAAUUACAUAAUCUAGAAGAUCCUACAUCAGAUGUUCAUGUGCACAUAGACGUUGCUGCAGCUCAGACGGGUGUCUCUCGUUUCUUGCAGUUAAACCCUCGCUGGAAGUAUAACAAAACUGAAGGCCUUCCUCCCGGUGGUUUUGCAAUGCAAAAUUUCACUCACCUGCUAAUUGGGACAAAUGAUGAAGAAGCCAAUGAAAUUCUUCCCUAUAAAGAGACUCAUACUGUAAUGGAUGUGGCUUUAGGAUUUCACAGAAUCAAAAUAAACUGGAAUGCCUUUCCUCCUGUUGAUGUUGUAUUAAUACCAAAAGUGUGGAUCAUGAAAAAGAAAGAAAGUGUAUAGUUUUAUGUAUAAAACACAUGAUAUA